CAUUGUUCAUCCAGAUUGCCCUUCCUUUCUUCAUUCUUCUCUCAGACUUCUUCACUUCCCACUGCUCCCUCAGCCCAGCACAAAAUUAAGGACUCCCUCUUGUGACCCCUGCUUUGCCUACUGGACUGGGUACUGAAAUCCAGUUUAUAGAAUCCGAGUCUUUCAUCUUUACCCUCCCAAUGCUUCCAGGAUUAGCGUUUAGGUUAACCAAUAUGCAAAUCCUCUGUAGCUGUAAAAUGCCGUUUAAAUAGGAAUUACACUUACCUAGUAGUUGAAAGAACCCAGGACACCUCCUUUUCUAGCUGGAGAGAAGAAUUUGAUUCUUCAGAAUGUUUACCUGCCUCUGCUUGAAUGUUGCUGAUACAUUAGACCCUUUUUGCUUUAUAUAGAACUCUGCUUUUGAUGAGCAAUUUUAGUGUCUAUUGUUUUACUUGAUCUUCAUAACAGUUGUGCAAGGUAGGUAAUAUUAUGACCCGCCCCCUCUCCCCCCAUAAGACAAUAAGGCUUAGGGAGUGUAAGUAGAUGAUGAUCUCUCUUGGUCUCAGAAGCUGGUAAGCCCUAGUGCCGGGACUCCCACUCCCCAUUUCCUGACUCUCCCUGUCAUCCCAGCUCACUGGCCGGUAGGACAGCUCCUUCUCAGAGAAUGGCCCUUAAUGGGCUCCCUUCAUUUUGUCCUUCAGGUCCAAAAGCCGGGAAUUGGAGUGAUAUCUGUGAGCAAAGGUGCGGAGAUCGGGCUGGCCAUGGCCUGCUACCUCAAGCAGGUGGCAGCCACUGUCUGCAUCAAUGGGACCAACGCCAUCCAUGAAUUUCCGCUCAGGUACAAGGAUCUGGUCAUGGCCCCCAUCCCCUCGCACCCAGAGCGCAUGCAGGUCAACGUCGAGGGCGCUGUGCGCAUCCGCCACUUCAAGGGCGACCCCCGAGAUGAACGGAAUCAACACAGUGUGCUUCCUGUUGAAAAGGCCCGGGGCCCAAUCCUCUUCGUUGUAGGCGAGGCUGACGAAUGCUUCAACAGCAAAGAAUACGCUGAGCAGGCGCUGGACCAGCUGCGGAGGCACGGGAAAAGCAGCGGAAGGAUGCUGGCCUACCCUGGGGCGGGCCACCUGCUAGAGCCACACUACGGGCCCUUGUGCUAUAUGUCCUGGAGCCGCGGCCUCUUCCUCCCCAUGCUCUGGGGCGGGGAGCCUGAGGGCCACGCUGCGGCCCAGGAGCACUCCUGGCAAGAGAUCCUGAAAUUCUUCAGGCAACACCUUGUUUUGGGCAGAAGCACACUCUAAGGGGGAUGAUGGGGUGGGGAGACCAGGAAAAAAAAAAAAAAAGGAAGAAGAAUCAGGGAGGGCUAUGGGUGAGGGAAGGGGCUCUCUUGAUUUCUCUAGAUUCACAGUCAUCUUGAGUCAACUGGAAGGAAAUUGGACAAAAUCAAAGAAUCAGAUGCAUCUGAAAUAUUUCUGAUAAAAUUGUAUGUGCUUUGUAAAUUUUUGUAAAUUGAAUCUAGUUGAUAUGCACCAGGGUACGUUGCUCCUUCAAAAUUUUGAUGCCCUUGAACAUUGAAUAACCUUUUGUAUCCCGACUGGGGAGACCUUGGAUCCGGGUAUUGCCAAUCUAGAUGAAUUUCCUGGAACUCUGAAGUCCCUUGUGAAGUCAUAUUCUGUUUAAACUAUUUUGAGUUGAAUUUGACAUUUGAUUUGAAAAGUUCUGAUACCACCAUCAGGUUUAGUGCUUGCUAUGGAUUUCCAGUAGAUAUCUUAACUCUUUUUUUGGGGAGGGGGAUAGGAUGUUUCUUUUUCUUCCUAAAAUGUAUUUUGUUAAAAAAUUUUAAACAGGAGUGGGAUUAAAUGCUUAUGUGCUUCUGGAGCAUUUAGUGACUAAAUGAGUUAUAUUUAAAGUGAUUACAGGAGUGCCUGGCACAUAGUGAUUUCAGUAUCAGAGUUAGCUAUUAUCAUUUCCAUAAUCCUUUUCUCCUUCUAUCUGUUAAUAUGGUGAAUUGUAUUCAUUGAUACACUAAUUUUUCUUAUUCAUCUAAUUCUACUAGAUCAGUUUCUCAUCUUGACUAGUUUGGGUUUUAAAAUUAAAAAAUUUUUUGGCACUAACCUAGUCAUUUAUAUUUUCAAAGAAUUUCAUCUCUAUUUUCUGGAACACAUUUCUCUCUCUCUCUCUCUCUUUUUAACAUAUCAACUGUCGUUUUAUUUGCAUGCUUUCACCUUUUACUUUGAAUCCAACUUGCUAAAUAUUUGUCUAUUUUAUUGAUCUUUUCAUAGAACAGCUGUUGGGUUGUUUAUGGGUCAAAUCUAAUUUUCCCUGAUUCAUCAAUUUCUGCUUCUUUGAAAUAAGUUUAUUCUUUCUGUCAUAUUUGUGUUUUUCUGGCUUUUUGAUAUACAGUGUUCUCAUUUUGUUAAUGUCUAAGUAGUUUGUGAUUUACUCCCUGCCCCUCCCUUAAACCCAAGAGUACUUUUACCAAGUAUCAUCCUGUAGUUAACUUGUUCUUUAAAAGGGAAUCUCACUUUGUAUUGGAGGGGUCAGAUUGUCACCCUCAGAACCCACUGAUCAAACUUAGUGUCUCUAAAAAUGGUCAACUUGAAAUAACAUGUUUCAUGAUGAGAUGUAAUGUGGAGUGCCCAGCACUUCUUAGAACUCUUCUAACAACACUAUUAAGCUUGAAGUUUUAAUGUCAAGCUUUAAAUCCAGUCCUUAGAUCAAACUUCUUACUAAUGUGGUAGCUAGUGAAAAAGAUAAAUGGUACUACAAGGAGACAGCCAUAGAUUGUCUAUCAUUCUAUGAUCUUGUCUCUUCACAAGUUAAUUACCAACUGACCUGGUCUCUUUUCAUAAGUUAAUUGCAUGGAAAUUUUUGGAAUUUUUCACUUUGUAGGAUUUUGUUUUUCUUUUUGCAUUGGAGUGAGCUGGGGAAUUAUUCACAAUUAAAAGGGACUUGAGAGGCAUAUCAACCAAAUGCUGUGUGUGGGACGGGUUUGAACAAAAUAACUGUAAAAAUAUUUUUGAGGGGUAACUAGAGAAAUAUGAAUAUGACUGGAUAGUAAACAAUACUAUGAAAUUGUUAUCUUGUUAGGUGUAAGAAUGGUAUUGGGGUUAUGUAAAAAAGUAACUUUUUAGAGAUGGAUAAGAAAAAUUUAGAGGUGAAGAGUCACAGUAUCUGGGAAUCAUUUUAAAAUACCUCAGGCAUAUGGAAAAUGUGAGAAAUUAUUAUAUCUAGAUGAUGCAUAUACUGAGGUUUGUUUUCUUUACUUUUUGUAUGCUUGCAAAUUUUUAAUAAUGAAAGUUAAAAAAUAAGA